AUGAACUUGGCAAGUGCUGGGCACCUUCGCUCCACUCCGCCACCCAGUCCCCUAACCUCCGACCCGGAUAAGGUGGAGAUUGACGUGCUGGCCGAGGAGGAAGAUGGAGACCAGUCGGAGGACGAGGAGGAGGCGGAGGAGACUAGCCAGAAGUGCCUGGAGGCCUCGCUGCAAAGGUCCGGAACCCUCACGCCUCCCGGGAGGAGCGUCAGGGACCGCGGCGGCUCGAGCGACUGCUCCGGGUUCGUCCGAAAGUUCCGAGAGCCACGGACAACAGCGACCGCAGCAGCCGACGGCCCGCAGCCCGCCAAGCCCCCGUACUCCUACAUCGCGCUCAUCACCAUGGCCAUCCUGCAGAGCCCGCACAAGCGCCUGACGCUCAGCGGCAUCUGCGCCUUCAUCAGCGGCCGCUUCCCCUACUACCGGCGCAAGUUCCCCGCCUGGCAGAACAGCAUCCGCCACAACCUGUCGCUCAACGACUGCUUCGUCAAGAUCCCCCGCGAGCCGGGCCAUCCGGGCAAGGGCAACUACUGGAGCCUGGACCCCGCCUCCCAGGACAUGUUCGACAACGGCAGCUUCCUCCGGCGCAGGAAGCGCUUCAAGCGCCACCACCCGCCGCCGGGAGGCCACCCGCACUGUCCCUUCCCCACACCCGCCGUGCCCGCCACCCUGCACCUCUCCAACCCCGGCGUGGUGCUCCGCUACUCCGCCCCGCCGCCGGGCCUCGCAGCCCAGCCCGCCGCCCCGCCCGGGAGCCGCCCGUGCGCGCAGCCGCACCCGCACCCCCUCAGCUACCUGCUGCUCGCCGGCCCCGCCUGCGCGGGGGCGCCCGGGAAAGCGGAAGGCGCGGACCCCGCCACGCCCCUCGUCCUCCCCGCGCUGCAGCCCGCCCGGGCCUCCCAGCCCUGGGACGGGGCCGAGGGUUCCGGGUCUCGAUGCGGGCGAACCUCGUUCACCAUCGAGAGCAUCCUGCGGGGAGUUAGAGGCGGAGGAAAUGGGGCUGCGCAGAGCCUGCCCUCCGCCCCGUGGAGCUGCUGCCACCUGCUGCAGCACCCGCCGUGCCUGCUGCACCCCCGGGCCGCUUCCCCGCUGCUUCACGUGUCGGCGGUCGCCCGGACGGUGUUGCAGCCGCCGCCGCCGGAGCAGCAGCAGCUCUGGGCCGGAAUCUGCGCGCCGGGGAGAGGCUCGCGCUGGGGCCGCCACCUGUCUGCGGUUGCGGCGCUGCUGAGGCAUCAGCCGGCCGCUGACGGCUGCAGGCUGCCGAGCCUGGCCGCUCUGUCGGGCCGAGAGGGGACCUUGCCGGCGUUUUAAGCAUUGCCCAAGCCCAGUCUUCAGGCCAAGUUUCCCUGGCACACGUUGAACCACUGGCUGUCUAGGUUUGCACCACCGCCUGCGAGGCUUGUGCGUGGAAAACCAGCGGCGGAGCGCACGCUCAGUCCCGCAAACUUUUACAAACUGUGUCCUGCCCCCUUGACCGCCCGAACGCAGGAAAAUCCCGGGGCUUCAGGUCUCGCCUUUCAGCUUCAGUUGUGGCUUCUUCCCGAGGACCAAUGAACUAGGAACGUGAGUGAGGUGUUUGGUUGUUAAUAAAAACAAAACAGCCGGCAGCGCACAAACAUCCCUGUCUUCAUUUCCUAGGAACCGCAAGUGUUCUCCCGUGCAGACUACGUGCUCCAACUUCCCGAAAUCCGUAUGUAAUACAAGUAGAGCAAUUUCGGAACAUUUAUUACUUGCAUAUGUGACGUGCCCUACUCCAGCGGGGAGUGUUAAAAUUAAGCCUAGUUGUGUAGAUUGAAUAAAAUACUAAAUCAG